AAUGAGAGGCGGAAGUGUCACGUUCGAUCACACUAGUUUGAAAUAAAGAUGCAAUUUGAUAUUCAAAAAAACGAGUCUGUUUAUGAUCAGACAUAAGAGUUCGUUUUCAGCAUUAUAAAGACCUUUUGCAUGUCAGCUUAUCGUUAUAUCCAGCUGGCAGAGUGUCCUGUGCGCUCCUGUUGACCUGCUCCAAAACACAUUACGCCAUAAAAGCCGAGCAUAUUAAGCAGGUUGCCAGGAUUAAGUGUUAGCUGGCUCAAAUUAAGCUUCUCCUUUUUAUGACAGGCUUGGCUAAAGUGGUGCAUUGAUGUCAUUGUUUAAAUGGUUGUUGUGAUGCUGAAGUGCAAGCAGAGCCAAAGAAAAUUUAUGGUUCAGGUUUGUAGGUCAUUAGGCUUCUCUGACUCUAAUAAUAAUGUAUUUGUACAGCACAUUAGCUCAGCAAACAAGUCUUUGCACAUUUGGUAUUAGAUCUGUUUCUGGUCAGACGGCAGUUUAAUGAUUUUGCAUCAAGUUUCUUGUUUAUUAACAAUAAAAAUAUAUAGAGACGUAUUUCUGGCACACAAAUAAAGUAAUCCUUAUUUUUUUGUGCUACUGGCCAGUAAGUGCUAUUUGUUUCAAGAUUUGUAAUAUAGUCAGACAUAUUCCAAGGACUACAAACUGGUUUUUGAAGCACAUGUUUCAGAUAGAGUGAGGUGAGAAAAAGACAGAAAAGUAUAAGCUGGCACCAGAGUGGUUGCAUACUUGAGAAACGAGUAACAAGCCUGUCGGUGGCCAAACACAGCAAUCUGAGCGAGUACAAUAAACUUGAGCUCAUCUCUGCAGUCCAUCGCUUGUUUCCAAUGUUCUCUCUUUCCUCCUUUGUCUGCUCGCAGGACGCCUCUUACAGGGAUCAGUGACUUCACAGCCACCAAGAACAAGAUCAUUCAGCUGUGCCUGGAGCUCACCACCACAGUUCAGCAGGACUGCAGUGUUUAUGAGAUGGAAGAAAGGAUCCUGGAAGUUUCAAAGAUUUUGAACACCAUCUGUGAUCAGACCGUGAGAACCACCUCUGACCCCCUGAUGAGCCAGUCGGCUUGUUUGGAAGAAGUCCAGUUGACCAACAUCAAUCCAGGCGAGGGUCUGGGAAUGUACAUCAAGUCUACUUAUGAUGGGUUGCAUGUCAUCACUGGAACCACAGAACAUUCGCCCGCAGACCUGACGAGGAAGAUCCACGCUGGGGACGAGGUGAUCCAGGUCAACCAUCAGACUGUGGUGGGCUGGCAGCUGAAAAACCUGGUUUUUAAACUGAGGGAGGACCCUAAAGGUGUGGUUCUACUCCUGAAGAAGAGGCCCACGGGCACAACAGGUUUCACCCCCGCCCCACUGAAGAACAUGCGCUGGAAGCCCCCAGUACCUCAGAAUAAUUCGUCCCUCGUUAGAACCCAGUCUCCUUCCAGUUCAGCUAAUGGAUCAACCAAAAAGGAGAAGCCGGCUAUCCUGGACUUGUACAUCCCACCUCCUCCUCUAAUGCCGUACACGCCGCGAGAGGCGAGAACAGACGCCUUCUCCAGCAUCAGUAAAAGACCAAAGGGCUCUGAGUCACCUAACUCCUUCCUGGACAAGGAGAGCAGAGGACACUGCACCGAUUUUGACAAGCAAAGCGCCGGCUGUCCCAUCGAAGCAAAGGUGGUCCAGCCCAGAAUGAGGGAGCAUAAACCCUCGCGUGGUAAGCCCCGGCCGCUGUCCAUGCCUGCAGACACCUGUCUGUCAGUGGUUGAUCCUUACGCAAAGCCCUGGGCGCAGGGAAGGAAAGGUGAGGACCUCCUGUACAGAUACCUGAGUAACGAGAGGAUCCCCACCAUUGCUGAGGAGGUCCCCUCGGUGUCUCCACCCUACAGGCCUGCAGGGGAACGGCAUCUCAUCCGAGUGGACCACAUCCGGGGCAGCCGCUACUACUCCAACUCAGACCUCCACAACAGUGCCACCAUCCCCUACCAGGAAGACACGAAAAAGGCUCCGGUAGCUCCCGUCUCCAAGCGCACGACGGCAGAGCGCUCACUACUGGGAUCCAGCUGGCACUCUAGCAGUGACUUCCUCAACCGGUAUAAUCAUCCACAUUUACGAUCGUGGUCCUUUUCUCAAGCAGCUGCCUUCCCCAUAUCCGUGACUCCUUCAAUGGCUGCCGAUGACUACAACCCUGUCUCCCUCCGACACAAAUCCAAGAAGAAGAGCCGAGGAGGCAAUGGUACGAUGAGCAGAAGACGGAUCUCAGUCAAAGAGCUCGGCCAGCCAGACCACCAGGGCUGGCUGUACAGGAAGAAAGAAAGCAAAGGCUUUCUGGGUAUGAAAUGGAAGAAGUACUGGUUUGUGCUGAAGAAGACUGCUCUCUACUGGUAUACCAACCAGCUGGCAGAAAAAGCUGAAGGCUACAUCGACCUCACAAACUUCAUGAUCGACAGAGCCAUCGAGUGCAAGAAGAAAUAUGCAUUCAAAGCUUGUCACCCGCAAGUUAUGAUGUUUUAUUUUGCUGCCGAGAGCUACGAGGACAUGAACUUGUGGGUGAAUAAGCUUGGGCUGGCCUCCAUUCAGUAUGAGCAAACAGAAGUAAACGCUUCGGCCGAGUGUUAUAGUGAAGCCAGUGAUCACGAAGAAGCUGAAACCACAGAGAUACCUCCUCCACCGUACUCUGAACAGACCCUGCGGGACUCCUCGAAUGCCUCCGGUCCGCCUGGUAGCACACAUCAGGGUACCCUUCCUCCCCCUUACUCCUCUGCAGUCCCCAGCGAAGCUAACGGUUCGCUCUCCUCACCUGUCAGUACGAUCACAUCUCAGAGCUCCGCCUCUUCGCUCACCAAGCAAAGACAGUCCUGGUUGGACCUCGUCUCGCAGGCAUCUCCUUCUGCUGGGGAAACAGCAGUGGUGUGCUCAGCCCAGGUCCACUCGCAUCAGCCUCCACAAAAGGAGACGGCAGAGGAAACAAAGCUGGAGAACUUGGCCACCCAGGACUCCUCGGGCACUGAAUCUAAUGAGGAAACGCCUUCAGCUGAGGGGGAAGAUCAGAGGAAAGUUUUAAGGACGCAAAAUAAAGGCAAUCAUGAGAACGGCUCCGAUGAGAUGGAGAAGCUGUAUAUUCACCUGAAGGAGGCCAGUCUGUCGCCGAUAGGAGAACGUAAACCAUCCACGAAAAAGGAAUUUAGGACCUCCUUCGUAAGACGCUGCAAAAACCAGGCUGUCAAUGACAAGCUGCACCUUAUCAGGACACUCAACAGCACAUUAAAGGCAAAAGAGGCGGACUUGCAGGCAAUAGAACAGAUCCUGUCUGACCCGGAGCUUACCUCAGACAAGUUCAGAGAGUGGAAGGAGGCCAACGGACCUCUGGUGCAGGAGAUCUGUGUCACACACAUCCAGCAGGUGGCGUCAGAGGCCGCAAAGGCUGAAGCGUCGGUCAUAGCCGCUCCUGUGGUAGAGACCAGUUUAUAAAGACUCUUCAUGACUUUUUAUGGUGUUCGGACUCUGAGGACCUCACAGUCACAUACAUCAAAUACACACACGCGCGCACACACACACACACACAUACUGCUGUUGGUUAUUCACUUGAGAACUCUGUUUAUGUUCAAGUUCUUUUCAACUAGUAGUUGGAUGAAUGAACUGUUGUUUUUAGUUCCAUGUGGAGACGGUGUAUGAUAAGCAGCACACAUUAAAAUGUGAAAUGUGUCGUAGUAUUAUUUUUAUUGUUUAAUUUGUAGGUUUAGCAAUUUUUACAGCUGUUUGUUUUUAUAAUUUUAUGAACCUAUGUAUAAACUGUAUAUUUGGAACGGUGGAGUGCAUGGAAAUAAUGUCUCCGUUGUUCUCUGCAUGGAAACACUUUGAAUUUAUCUGUAGUGAAUUUUGUUGUUUUUAAACUAUUCACAGUCAGUUAUUGGUGCCAUGCACCUUCAGUGCCUGUUACACAUGUGUUACAGAAGCUUUUUCAAUAAUGUGUGUAUGUUGUCGCCCUAGAAAUACUAUAUUCAUGCUUAUUAGGAAGACUUUGCUGACUGAACACUAGGGCCUGCACUAACAGAAUAAAUGUUGGUCUCAAA